CUUAAAAAAACCCUAAAAAAUGUGGGUUCCAUUCCGUGGUGGGGCUAGUACGACCCCCUCCCUCUCCCCAUCGUGGUUCCAUUGAGGCACUGUUUUUUCCUCAGUAUCCUCUUCGUUUACGGUCAUUGCCGCUGCGCUUUUGCACGCACACAGAGAGAGAGAGAGAGAGAGAGAGAGAGAGAUGUCUCGGCAAGCCAGGAGACUCGUCGCCAACUUGUCUACGCUUUCGCCCCCUUGUUCGUCUUCCCAUGCUGCCGUAAACCAGUCCCGCCAUUUUGCGGCGGCGGCGGCGCCUCCUCCGGCCGUGUUCGUCGACAAGAACACUAGGGUUUUAUGCCAAGGUAUCACCGGCAAGAACGGCACCUUUCACACCGAGCAAGCCAUCGAAUACGGCACUAAGAUGGUUGGUGGUGUUACCCCAAAGAAGGGUGGAACAGAACAUUUGGGACUUCCUGUAUUCAACUCUGUGGCUGAGGCAAAGGCUGAAACGAAGGCUAAUGCAUCUGUGAUUUAUGUCCCUCCACCUUUUGCUGCUGCAGCUAUUAUGGAGGCAAUGGAGGCCGAAUUAGAUUUGGUUGUAUGCAUCACAGAAGGAAUUCCUCAGCAUGACAUGGUUCGGGUGAAGGCUGCUCUUAACAAGCAAUCAAAAACUAGGCUUAUUGGUCCUAACUGCCCUGGUAUUAUAAAGCCCGGAGAAUGCAAAAUUGGAAUUAUGCCUGGAUACAUUCACAAACCAGGGCGUAUCGGAAUUGUCUCUCGAUCUGGAACAUUGACUUAUGAAGCGGUUUUCCAAACAACUGCUGUUGGCCUGGGCCAGUCGACAUGUGUUGGAAUUGGUGGGGAUCCUUUCAAUGGAACAAAUUUUGUUGAUUGCUUAGAGAAGUUUCUUGUGGAUCCUCAGACAGAAGGUAUCAUUCUUAUUGGUGAGAUAGGUGGUACAGCUGAAGAGGAUGCCGCUGCACUUAUAAUGGAAAGCGGUACUCAAAAGCCUGUAGUAGCUUUUAUUGCUGGACUCACUGCUCCACCUGGCCGGCGAAUGGGUCACGCUGGAGCUAUAGUAUCAGGAGGAAAGGGAACGGCACAAGACAAAAUCAAGACUCUGAGGGAAGCUGGGGUGACAGUCGUUGAGUCUCCUGCAAAGAUUGGAUCUGCCAUGCUUGAUGUCUUCAAACAGAGGGGUUUAGCGUGAGUCGAUUUCACAAACGAAUGGUUUUCUUGCAUCUUUUUGUUUAUGCAGCCUGGGUCUGAUGCCCAUUUUUAGCAUAUGAUAAGAGAAACAUUGAGGCCGACAGCACUGGUUGUGAUCUCCACUAUAUCCUUGGAAAGUUUUAGCAUACACCUGUUUUGGAUUCUAAAUUCAUGUCCCUAAAAAAGAAUGGAUUGGCUCCUUUGAUGUGGCGCUUUUACGCUACAGGUGAAGUGAUACUUAUGUUACAAGGGAGUUUUGCCCUCA